CACGUGACCACCUUGGUUCAUAUGGACGGGGGUCACGUGCCUUGUUCCCUACUCAAGGGGAACCUGCUGCCAGGAGAUGGGGCCUGUCCUGCUCUGCGCGCUGCUGCUGGCGGCCCCCCGCGUCGGGGCUGCGCCCUCCGCCGACGAGGUGAGCUACCUGCCGGGGCUGGCCAAGCAGCCCUCCUUCCGGCACUACUCGGGCUACCUCCGCAUCGACCCGCACAAGCGCCUGCACUACUGGUUUACAGAGGCUCAGAACAACCCUGAGAGCAGCCCUCUGGUGCUGUGGCUAAACGGGGGACCUGGCUGCAGCUCCAUGUCUGGCUUAUUGACCGAGCAUGGCCCCUUCACGAUCCAGCCGGAUGGGACCACCCUGCAGUAUAAUGACUAUUCCUGGAAUAAGAUUGCCAACAUGCUGUACCUGGAGUCCCCAGCAGGUGUUGGCUUCUCCUACUCUGAUGAGAAAGACUAUGCCACUAAUGACACCCAGGUGGCCCGCGAUAAUUACCUGGCGCUGAAGGAGUUCUUCCGCCUCUUCCCGGAGUACAGCAAGAACAAGCUCUUCCUCACUGGGGAGAGCUACGCUGGCAUUUACAUCCCCACGCUGGCUGAGUGGGUGAUGCAGGACUCCAGCAUCAACUUGAAGGGACUCGCCGUGGGAAAUGGCCUCUCCUCCUAUGAGAUCAAUGACAACUCCCUGGUCUACUUUGCCUAUUACCACGGCCUCCUGGGAACGGGGCUGUGGACAGACCUGCAGCGCUUCUGCUGCUCCCAGGGAAAAUGCAACUUCCAUAAAAACUCCAACCUGAACUGCACACUCAAGAUGCAAGAGAUGAUCCAGAUUGUGGAGGAGUCGGGCCUGAACAUCUACAAUCUCUAUGCCCCAUGUGCGGGCGGUGUCCCUGGAAGCUACAGGAAUGAUCAGGACCAGCUCAUCAGCCAUGACCUGGGCAUCUCCUUCAUCCAGCAGCCCCUGAAAUACUCCUGGAGGCAGAAUCUGCUCCGGAUGCCAGCAGCCAAGAAAGGGGUUCGCCUGGAACCCCCCUGCACCAACUCCACAGCCUCCACCACCUACCUCAACACCCCCGAAGUGAGGCAGGCGCUGCAUAUCUCGCAAGAGGCACCUGAGUGGCGCAUAUGCAGUUCGGAGGUGAACCACAGCUACAAGCGGCAGUACAUGACCGUGAACGACCAGUACCUGAAGCUGCUUGGCACCAUGAAAUACCGGAUCCUGGUGUACAAUGGUGACAUCGACAUGGCCUGCAACUUCCUGGGGGACGAGUGGUUCGUGGACUCCCUGGACCAGAAGGUGCAAGUGGCUCGCAGGCCCUGGCUGUACAACGAUGGGACUGAAGACCAGAUCGGGGGCUUUGUGAAGGAAUUCACCAACAUCGCCUUCCUCACCAUCAAGGGAGCUGGCCACAUGGUGCCCACAGACCAACCGCAAGCCGCCUUCACCAUGUUCAGACGCUUCAUUCAACAGCAGCCCUACUGAGAGCCUAGCAGAGCAGGGCCUGCACUACUGCCCGGGGCAGCUCCCCACCCCCUCCCGGGCCACGGGCCACUGCCUGGCAGGACCAGGGCCUCUCACUGCUCAGCGACUGCAGUAGAUACGGGUUUUCCACAGUGCUGAGUGCACUGGGUGCUGGCACAGGCCAGUGGGUGUCCGACUGCUCCCUAGCUCCUCCAGCGGGAGAAAACUGACCUGGGUUUCCAUGCUUCUGGGGGAGUGGGGGGUGCUGCCCUUCUAACGGGGACCCCUGCCUGUAGGCAGUGCAGGCUUGUUGGCAGUGCACUGCAGGGGUGGGGGCUAGAGCUGAGUG